AUGGACAAGAUUAGGCCAUCACCGUCACCACCUCCACCAACUAGCUCCACCACAAUAACGGCCCCAGACACCAAGAGAAACGAAGAACUGUCAGUGAUGUCACGCAUGAAGAAAGACUGCUUAUUUUUCACAGUUUCAUUGAAAGAGAGUUUUAGCUAUAUCAAAGCUAUAUUCGUGGGUCAGGCAAAGAAGAUGACGGCAAGAAGUGAGAAGGAAGCAGCAGCAGCAGAACUACAAGCUGAGAAAAUGCAAGUUGAAGCUGCUAAUGAAGCUGAAAAUGUCAAGAACAAAAUUGACAAAUCUAUGUAA